GUUUGGCGCCAUAAAACAGUCGCAGCAAGUAAAGUGAAACCCCAUUUUCUCACAAGCAGUACCGAACGGCGGAGAUCGAACGACCUCGAUCCUGACCGUGUACAAAAAAAGAAAAGAAGAAACUCGACGAGGAUGGCGGAAUUAAUUUCGCUUAUGGAUAUCGACGAAGACGACAAGCACCAGAAACAAAACGACUCUCAGAAGCUAAACAAGGGAAAAAGCGUCGUCACAGCCACAGAUACCAAAGCCAAUCCCUGGGUCGAGAAGUACCGUCCUCAGUCCCUCGCCGACGUAGCCGCUCACCGUGACAUUGUUGACACCAUUGAUAGGCUUACAAGCGAGAACAGAUUGCCGCAUCUUCUAUUGUAUGGUCCUCCCGGAACAGGCAAAACAUCCACCAUUCUGGCUGUUGCACGGAAACUUUAUGGAGCACAGUAUCAUAAUAUGAUUCUCGAGUUGAAUGCUUCAGAUGAUAGAGGAAUUGAUGUUGUUAGGCAACAGAUUCAAGAUUUUGCUAGCACCCAAAGCUUUUCAUUUGGGGUGAAGUCAUCCGUAAAGUUGAUUUUACUUGAUGAGGCAGAUGCUAUGACAAAGGAUGCCCAAUUUGCCUUGCGUAGAGUUAUUGAGAAGUACACAAAGAAUACUAGGUUUGCACUGAUAUGUAAUCAUGUCAACAAGAUCAUUCCCGCACUACAGUCCAGAUGUACUCGGUUCAGAUUUGCACCUCUUGAUCCUAUUCAUGUCUCUGAGCGACUUAAGCAUGUUAUCGAGGCUGAAGGGCUUGAUGUAACUGAUAGUGGCUUGGCAGCACUAGUACGGCUUAGCAAUGGUGACAUGAGAAAGGCUUUAAACAUUUUGCAGUCAACACACAUGGCUUCUCAGAAGAUUACAGAAGAAGCCGUGUAUCUCUGUACUGGAAAUCCAUUGCCUAAAGACAUUGAGCAAAUAUCUUACUGGCUUCUGAAUGACUCGUUUGCUGAGAGUUUCACACGAGUUUCUGAAAUGAAGACAAGAAAAGGAUUGGCCUUGAUUGAUAUUGUGAGGGAAGUGACUAUGUUUGUUUUUAAGAUUAAAAUGCCCUCAGAUGUUCGAGUUCAGUUAGUUAACAACUUGGCAGACAUAGAGUAUCGUUUGAGUUUUGGGUGCAAUGAUAAAUUGCAACUGGGAUCUCUCAUUGCUACUUUCACGCAAGCUAGAUCUGCUCUCGUUGCUGCAGCAAAGUAGCUUUCUGUAAAGCCUGGCCUCAUUUCUUCUUCUCAUUAGGCAUUUCAGAUGUUGUCCCGUUAGCUUUGUUUCUUGUUUGCUUGUGAUUGAGUAAGUAAAGUGAGUAGCAUCAUUUUCAGUUAGGAAAGUCGGGACAAAAGAAACAAAGGGUAAUGCAAUGAAGUGAGGCAAAAGUGAUUCCUAAUUUAAUGUACUCUUAUCACAUCAAUAGGGGAUGCAAAGU